GUCGACAUUCUGUUGAUGUCCUAUUUGGUGGACAGCAAGUCCAGGGCAGCCCCUUCCACAUCGAUGUCUUUGACAUUCAGAAGAUCAGGGUCAACAAAUUCUUUCAGGGGUCAGUCAAUGAAAAAGCUGGAUUUGAAUUGGACUGCACCCAGGCAGGAAGUGGAAACCAGGAGAUCCGCAUUGUGAGCCCUUCAGGUCAUACAGUUCCCUUUCAUGUUGAAGAAGGGGCUAAUCUGAUCCACCAUGUAACUUACACACCAACGGAACCUGGCCAGUACAAGAUCUAUGUCUCCUAUAGUGGCAUGGAGCUCAACGGUAGUCCCUUCCUCCAGGAAAUUGGUGAAGGCGCCCUUCCCACAGUUCAUGGUGAGGGCUUGCACAAAGGCGAGGAGGAUAAGCCUGCUCAUUUCUAUAUCGAUGCCAGGAACUUGAAAGGCACACCUUCUGUUCAAGUUGAUGGGCCAAACGCAAUUGCCAAGUGCAGCAUUGAUCCAUUAAAGGAUGGACAAUACAAGGUGACCUACAUACCAGUGGAAGUUGGUUUGUUCGAUGUCUAUGUUCGAUGGAAUGACCGAGAGCUUCCAGGAAGCCCCUUCCACCCACAAGUUGUGGAUCCCAGAAAGGUCAAAGUUGUCGGAGGCUGGCAGCAUUACAUGGAUGGACAAGAGCGCAUCCAUCUUGUGGUUGGAGAGGAAAAGAAGAUCCCCUUCGAUACAUCAGAAGCAGGACCUGGUCAGUUGAGGGCAGAGAUCAAAAGCCCAAGUUCACUGCUUCCCGUCGAAGUCGAUGAUUCACACAAAGGAAGAAGUGUUGUUAAGUUCACACCUAGAGAGGAAGGCAACCACUACAUUUACCUGCACUGGUCAGACCACCCCUUGGUCAACUCUCCCUACCUGGGCUACGCCACAGGUGGAGCGGCUGACCCCAGCAAAGUGUGGCUCACUGGUCGAGGUUUGAAGGAGGCUGUUGUUAAGGAAGAGGCAGAGUUCACUAUCGAUGGCAGUCAAGCUGGUCCAGGUGAACCAGAUGUAGAGCUGACAGGUGUGAGAGCCGAGAUUCCAGUUAUCACAACCCCACUUGGAGGUGGAAAGUACCGAUGCACUUACAUUCCUGUUAUUCCUGGAGCCUACUUAUUGAACAUCUCCUGGAAUGGCCGCCAGCUCCGAGGUGCCCCAUAUAAGGUCAAUGUCAUUGGAGCCUCCUACCCGGAUCGUGUGGUUGUCAACGGUGAUGGAUUGAAUGGGGGCCUCCUUGGUCAGAGCUUGAACUUCCGUAUUGAUACCAGAAAAGCAGGACCUGGGGAGCUGACUGCGUACUGCAUGGGCCCGACGAAAGUUGCUUACUGCGAGCUACAAGACCAUCAUGAUGGCAUCUACAGCCUGGUGAUACGACCCCAAGAAACUGGCCGUCACACUCUACAGAUCAAAUAUGGCGGGGAGAAUGUACAAGGAAGUCCUUUUAAAUUCAAAAUAGCAGGGCAGCCUGAUGCCUCCAAGGUCAGGGUCAGUGGUCCAGGAGUAGAACAUGGCAUCCUGGCAAACUUCCAGAGUCAGUUCUUUGUAGAAACCAAGGGAGCCGGAGCAGGCCAGCUGACAGUCAGAAUUAGAGGCCCUAAAGGUGCUUUCCAAGUGGAGAUGUACAGAGAAAGCCAGAAGGACAGAACUAUUCUUUGCCGCUACUACCCAUCGGUCACUGGUCUCUACAUCAUCAGCGUCAGAUGGUCUGGUGUUGAUGUCCCAGGCUCUCCUUUCCAAGUGCACAUCUUGGACACUCAACAAGAAUUGGAGCAGGUUCUUCAUGAAGCCAGCUUUACGGGCAGCGGCCACCACCACCAUCUUGUCAGCCCCAACAACACCAACUUCCACAACUCUAGCAGUUACCACAACUCAAGCAUGGGCAGUAGCAACUAUGUCCGCCAAAGCGCACAUCAAAAUGGCUACCACCACAAUGUUAGCCGCAACAGUAGCCACUAUCAGUGGAACUAA